AUGGCCUUGAAAAGGUCCAAGGAAGCCAAGCCGAGCUCUCCAGAGCCUUCUGGGGUUUACAGUCGCCAAAGUCCAUCGUCGAUACCAGCCCAGGGUUAUACGCCGUCAUCAUUGGGAGAUAGUCAAGAGAUGAUGGUUCGGCCAAGCCCACCCGGAUCCAAGGCAGUCGAUCGACACAGUCCUCCAGGAACCAAGGCAGCCAAGUACCAACUUCAACAGCCCACGCCACGCAGAGCAUCGCCACGGCACAACAAGCCACCUACGCCCCAUCGAUUGCGUCCUCCAGGAACUACUCCGCCAAGAAGACGUUUCGAUAGCAGCGGAUCCUACGAAGACUCUCCUCCCAUUGACAGGCGCGAGACGUACCCUCCCAGUAAAAGGAGUGGACGCAGGUCUUCUUCCGAAAGCCCGCAAAAGCACUCGAGCAAGAGGAUUUCCUCGCGACAGGCAUCUUCGUAUUAUCGACUGGAUCACGACGAUGACGCGAGGCAGAAGCAUUCUGAUGCGCCUCAAAAGAAACCAUCGUCGCACAGUCGUCGGUCUCCCUCUCCUCGCCGUAGCAGCAGCAACAGCAAGGGUAUUUCGGCUCGCCCCGUCUACAUCAAUAAAAGCCAGCGACAGCAAAAGGCAGGUGUCAUUCUCAACUUGAAUCCUGCUAUUCUCUCGCAACAAGCCGGGCCACACUCUCUGACGUACAGUACGAGCGCUACCUCCGGGACCGGGCACAGCCAUGACGACGAGAAAGGUCUUCGUAGGAACUCGCAAGAACACAGUCGUAGCAGUGAUCUCAGUAGUAACUCCAGUGGAGAAACUCUAUCGUACAACUAUUCCGAGCUGACCUCUCAAACAUACGAAGGAAGCAGCAACAAGCAGCCAGCAUCUAUUGCAGGGCAGGAAACCGUAUCCGUCGACCGAGUGGAAUUGGAAUUGAUGGCUACUACCUCGACCAACAACGGCUCGACGUCCCAAAUCACACCACGUAGAAGGAGAAGCGCCAACGAUCGCUCGCUUGUUGACAGACUUGGAGAGGUCAAAGAGGAAGAAGACGAGGACGUAGAAUCUCGUGUGACGGCCCCGUCGGUCAACGAGAAAAUUGAAUUGAUGCUACGGGCCAAUAGCACCGAGUCAGAGUCAGAUUCGAUGCAAGGGUCGCAGCAACAAAAAGAAGUGGACGUGGAGUCUCAAGUGGUGAUUGGCGACAACACUGCCUCUGCGCCGACUACCGAACAGCCACAGUUUAAGAAGAAGAGGAGCUGGUUAUUUGGUUUGCUCAGCCAUGGCAGUGGCGACACUAAUGUCAUCGAGCCCAACUCGCAAGAAGAUAGUGUGGACGCGACGGUGUCUCGCACUGGCUCUAGCGAGCGAGGAAAAGGACAGGAAGAGAUUGGCAACAAGUUCAUGGUUGCUCCAAUGAAACUAUUGGGCUUUUCUGGACAACGUACGCAGGUACAACCUGGACCGGCAAAGGGUGAUCUCGAAGCAAACGAAGGCAAUAAUCAGGACAAAGCAACCCCCGCAGAUGCAACGCCGAAGAGUCGCAGGACCCUGAUCGUCGUCGUGUCUUGUAUCAUUGCUCUCGUCGUCCUGGCGGCUGCAGCUGUGGUAGUGUGGAAAGUCUUGGAAACGCAGGAUCAACCGAAUCUAUCCAUCGAGAUUGUGGACAGUCCGCCGAGUGAGGAGGACAAGGAGACUACCGGUACCGUAGUACCUGCUGGUGAAAAGCCCGAUACAGCGUUCGAAGUCCCCGAUACAACAUACGACGUGUCUGAUACUCCGUCGGAAUCUUCCUCCAACACAACAUCUCAUUCUGUACCGUCGGUCAGGUUAGAGGAUUUGCCAGCUUUCACCAUGACGGCAAUCUUGGACGAUCCAGAAUCAGCACAGGCCAAAGCAUGGGCAUGGAUGCAAGAGGACCCAUGGUUCAAUAUCUAUUCAAAGCAACGUUUCCAGCAAAGGUUUUCCCUGGCAACACUGUACUUCUCCACAAACGGGUCCAACUGGGACGAUAAUGGAGAUUGGUUGAGCUAUGAGAAGCACGAGUGUCUUUGGUUCUCAAAAGCAACUUUCUUUGGGUGGAGUGUUUGUGACGAGGGAAAUACAUACAAUGCUCUCGUCCUGCAAUCCAACGGGCUUCAGGGUGACCUACCUUCUGAAAUCACGCUAAUGUCAUCUUUACGGCAUUUGCACAUUGGAGAUAACCAAGUCGGCGGAUCCUUGCCGCAUCAACUUGGCCUCGACAUGCCCCAGCUACGAACGUUGAAUCUUUUUCAAAAUGCCAUGUCAAACACGAUUCCGUCAACGAUUGGGGUGCUAUCCCUUCUAGAAAACAUGGACAUCCAACAAAAUAAGUUUGAAGGGCUGAUUCCCACGGAGAUCGGACUCUUGGAUAAACUUAAGAUUGCGGAUUGGUCUAAGAACAGGUUCUCUCAUUCACUGCCGAAAGAGAUGGGGCAGCUCACGCAGCUGAAAUCCCUGCUGUUUGAAUGGAAUGAGUUGACCGGAUCGAUUCCUUCUACAUUUGGGAAUCUAGAAAGCUUAGUCGCUUUCAACAUUUCAAACAAUAAUGUCAAAGGCAUGUUGCCUUCGGAGAUUGGCAAAUUGACUCUGUUGGAAGAACUGUGGGCCGUGAACAAUGAUCUUCACCUAGCAAUCCCAUCUGAAAUCGGGCUCUUGAGAAAUCUAACUACGCUGAACCUGUUUUUCAAUUCUCUUGAUGGCACGGUGCCUUCUGAGAUUGGGAUGCUGACAAAACUGCAAUUUCUAUACCUCAGCUACAACAAGCUCUCAGGGUCCAUCCCUGAUCUCAGCAACAUGCAGUCUUUGCAACAUUUGUUCUUGAAUAGCAACCAGCUGAGUGGCUCAAUUCCACCGUCCAUCGGCAACCUGACGACGAUGGAAGCCAUCAACCUCAAUGCCAACCGCUUCUCUGGAGCGAUCCCUCCAGAGAUUUCAUCCCUCAGUCUCCUAACUCAAAUGGAUCUGGACGAUAACGGCUUUGAAAGUGCGCUUCCAACCGAGAUUGGCCUUCUCCAGAACCUUCUAGCUCUUUCUUGCAACUUCAACGACAUUGUGGAGCUCCCUUCAGAGAUUGGUGCACUCGGCAAGCUGACUAAGCUUUCCCUCAAGUCCAACAGCUUGAGGAGCACGCUGCCCCACGAGAUCGGCUGGCUCACAAAUCUGGAAGCACUGAUUUUGGUUGACAACAUGAUCACGGGUUCAUUGCCUUCGCAAAUUGGUUUAAUGUCCUCGCUGCAAGUGCUUGACGUGUCGAGCAAUGCCCUGUCUGGUGAGGUCCCGUCGGAAGCCGGACUCUUGCCUUCGCUCCAUUCCGUCUAUUUGGAGCUGAACAUGCUAGAGUCGAGUCUUCCGACCGAAAUUGGACUCCUUACUAACCUCGAAAACUUGGUUGCAUGGGAGAAUCAACUAUCAGGACAGCUCCCAACCGAGAUUGGGCUGUUGACUCGAGGCGAUAUCUUUGACUUGAGCCACAACAGGAAUAUCCACGGGACGAUCCCUGUAGAACUGGGAGAGAUGAAGAAGGCAACCGAAAUCAGCUUCUCGGUGACGAGCGUCUCCGGCUCGAUUCCUCCUGAACUCGGCUCCUUGUCACGCCUGGAAACCCUCCGUCUGGACUCGACUUUCUUGACCGGACCGAUCCCGAACGAAGUAGCCACUCUUCCCAACCUAGACCUAUUCACAAUCGCCAACACAAUGAUCUCUGGAAAUGUGAACUCGAUGCUGUGCGGAUUGGAACGUUUUACAAUGAGUUGCUCUGAGAUACUGUGUGGAUGUGACUGUCCUUGUGGUGUUGUUGUCGACGAGACGGAAAGUUCAUCCUCAAACUCGAGCAACGUCUUGAUGAAUAAAAACAUCACAGCGAGCUCGUUGCUAGAUGGUGAGGGAGCUUCUAACCAAACCAUGGCUGAUAGCACAUCGGACUGGAACGACUCUGCGGAGGCGAUGCCAGGCAAGGACGACUUUGUAUCAGUGUACGAGGCAGACGAGGACGACGAUUUGAGUUAG